CCAUGCUGUGUACAUCACAGCGAGUGACAUCAAGUAAAAGAAACCUCCACAGGGUUAAGCCUAGUGCAAGUUGACAUGGAAAUAGACCUGGGCAGUGAUUCAGACACAGAAGUGGAGGCUCAGGAAGUGGAAUCUGUGCUGUCAGAUGAGGAAGGAGCCAUUCGUGGCUUAUCUGCACUUCCAGUAGAGAACAGUACAGAUCGGAGAGCCCUUUGUGCUCGGUGUAGCCGUCCUCAAAAGGUGUGUCUGUGUCCUUUCCUGCCUGUGUGUCCAUUAGAUGUUUCCACUAGCUUGUACAUUGUCCAACAUCCAGCAGAGGAGGGUCGAGUACUUCGAACAGUGCCUCUUUUAGCAGCUUGCCUCCCACAUGAGAAGUGCAAAGUUCUAAUUGGUCGACGUUUCGGUGAAGAAAGAUAUCCCGAGCUAGCAACUGUUUGCAGGAACCCUGGCACCUUCAUCCUUUAUCCUGGAGCUGAAGCUGCUAAUUUGGAAGAAAUGUCCUUGGCAGAUAUUCAGCCCCCGUAUGCUCUCAUCAUAAUAGAUGGAACCUGGAGCCAAGCCAAAGACAUUUUCUACAAAAACACUCUUUUUCGGUUGCCAAAACAGGUGCAAUUGAAAACGCCAAUUUCAAGCCAGUAUGUCAUACGAACUCAGCCUACCAAUAUGUGCCUUUCUACCUUGGAAUGUGCUGCGGCUGCACUCUCUGUAAUGGAAAAAAGGACUGAGAUUCAGGAGAUUAUCCUCCGUCCUCUCCAAGCGUUGUGUUCAUUCCAGCUACAGCAUGGUGCUCAGAUCCAUCACAGCAAGGAGCAUCUACUUAAAACUGGCCUAUAUAACAAACCAAUGCCAAAAAAUAAGCGCAAACUCAAGAAGAUGGAGCUUCUGGUUAACAACGUUAAAAUUUAGAGACCAAUUUCUGUUGUAGGUGUGAAUUAUGAGACAAUGGAUCUCCUUGGCACACAAAGUGUGGCCGACACAGUUUGGAUUGCUGACAGUUAUCAAAGUGUAUGUAAAUAGGGGCUCUAGCUGGGCACUAGUUCUGCCUUGUUAGGGAAAAUACACAGGUUUUUCAUUUCUUUAGUAUCAAGUAAAAUAUAAAAAGAGAGACGUCUUGGAAGAAAUUCUUCAAUAAUUUUGAAUUUGUCUUGAAACUUAUUUUAAAAUCAUAUGGUAAAUUAGUUUUGUUAUAAAAGACAUUAUUUAGUUGAUUUUAUAUUAAAAUGCAAGACUGUAAAAACACAUCAGUAAACGUUUUAAAAACUCAGUUCUGCAGUAAAGUAUUUGGUGAAUUUUGAUUUGGUUUAUAUGUGUUCUUGUGGACAGGGAAGAGUUCAACUACUGGCUUUAUAGAAACACUUAUAACCACACUAGAGGGCUCAUACAUUUAGCUGUUUAUGCCAUCUUUGUUUUGUGUUCAAAAUGUAUUUUUAGUGAAAGCAAACAUCAGGAAAAACGUUGAAUAAAUCAUUUUGCAUUGGUUA